AUGGCAGGAGAAAAUGAAACUCUGCUGACCGAGUUUGUGCUCAUGAGGCUUACAGAUCAUCCAGCAUUGGAAAUCCCCCUGUUCCUGGUGUUCUUGGUCAUCUACCUCAUCACCAUGGUGGGAAACUUGGGACUGAUUGUUCUCAUCUGGAAAGACCCCCAUCUUCACACACCCAUGUACUUAUUCCUUGGCAGUUUAGCCUUUGCAGAUGUUUGUACUUCAUCAUCUGUGGCUCCUAAGAUGCUUAUGAAUUUUUUAUCCAAUAAUCAUAUGAUAUCAAAAUUUGAAUGUAUGACCCAAUUUUAUUUUUUUGGUUCCAGUGCUACGACAGAAUGUUUCCUCCUGGUAGUAAUGGCCUAUGAUCGUUAUGUUGCCAUAUGUAACCCCUUGCUUUAUCUGGGAGUGAUGUCCAAUUGCCUCUGUAUUCAAAUGAUAAGUGUUUCAUAUGUUACUGGUUUUCUGCAUUCUAUGAUUCAUGUAACUUUGUUAUUUAGAUUAACUUUCUGCAGAUCCAACAUAAUACAAUAUUUCUACUGUGAAAUUUUACAACUCUUCAAAAUUUCUUGCACUGAUCCUACAGUCAAUACAUUCCUGGUUGUAAUUUUUUCAGCCUUUAUACAAGUCUUUACUUUUCUGUCCAUCAUAAUCUCUUAUACUAGGGUCCUCUUUGCCAUCCUGAAAAAGAAGUCUGAAAAGGGCAAAAGUAAAGCCUUCUCCACGUGCAGUGCCCAUCUGCUCUCUGUCUCUUUGUUUUAUGGCACUCUCUUCUUCAUGUACGUGUGUCCUGGGUCUGAACCAGCUGAAAGCCAAGACAAAAUGUAUUCUUUAUUUUACACAAUAAUAAUUCCACUACUAAAUCCUUUUAUUUACAGCUUAAGAAACAAAGAAGUUACAGGUGCCUUGAGAAGAAGAAUAAAUAAAUAA